AAGAAAAAAGAGAAAAACCCUACUACUUUUUUGUUAAAUAAAAUAAGCCGGUCAUCUGUGCACCACACCGCCGUGACUGUCUUUCUUCCCCUCCUACCGCUGCCACUGUCUUCUUUCUUCCGCUUGUGCCGCUUCCACCGUCAUCGUUCAUUUCUCUCACUCCCCAGCGUUCUUCUGGUCGUUUCCGCUCGCCGGCACAUUCUACUGAAAUUUGUGUUUCUUCUCUUCAUAUCUUUUCCUUCUUUGAUCUUUUGGAUACACAGGGUUGAGAUGGAUCCGAACUCCGUUAAGUCGACCCUUUCAAAUUUAGCAUUUGGAAAUGUAAUGGCUGCUGCUGCUCGUGAUUAUCAAAAGGAAUUGCUUGCUCAAGGGAAGGCUCAGGCAUCAAGCUCUAACAAUGAGGAAGUUGACCUUGAUGAGUUGAUGGAUGAUCCAGAGCUGGAAAAACUGCAUGCAGAUAGAAUUGCAGCCCUCAAGAAGGAAGCUGAGAAGAGAGAAUCAAUGAAGAGACAAGGGCAUGGAGAAUACAGAGAAAUAACAGAGGGAGACUUUUUGGGAGAAGUCACUGGGAGUGAAAAAGUGAUUUGCCACUUCUAUCAUCAUGAAUUCUAUCGGUGCAAGAUUAUGGAUAAGCAUCUAAAGACUCUUGCACCAAUACAUUUAGACACAAAAUUCAUCAAGCUUGAUGCGGAGAAUGCACCCUUCUUUGUUACUAAACUUGGAAUCAAGACUUUGCCUUGCGUUGUUCUCUUCAGGAAAGGCAUUGCUAUAGAUAGGCUUGUUGGCUUCCAAGAUUUAGGUGGAAAAGAUGAUUUCAGUACAAAGACACUGGAAAUUUUAUUGACAAAGAAAGGUAUCAUCAGUGAGAAAAAAGAUGAAGAGGAAGACGAGUACGAUGAAAGUAGGCGAAGGUCAGUGAGAUCUUCUGCCACCGUUGAUUCUGACUCAGACUAGGCGACGGAGUUUGCCAUUCUCCAUUGAAUUAUAAAGAACAUGUUAUGUAUUUUGUGAGUGAACUCUCGUAUUAAACAUAUUUUAACAAGCCAUUGACAUUGAAGUUAAAACCAUGAUAAUCGUAAUGGCAUUGAUAAAAUCAUUACAUUA